AUGGCUACCGGAAUGUAUAAUCCCUCUCUCAGCUUCAACUCCACCUACUACGGCAAGGAUUACCGCGCCGGCGCCGCCCUGCUGCGCGCCCGCCGCCCAUACCUGUUCAAGAACGCUCUCACUGGCUUCGGACUGUUCGCAUUCACAAUUGCAGUCUAUACCUAUACCCUGAAGGCUGUCGGACAAGAAGAGUUCGCUGACGUCAAGGUCCCCGAUGCCCCCGUCGAGAAGAAAUAA